CUCCCGGUGGAGUUCAGCGGCGCCGCGCAUGCGCGCCCGCUCCGGGAGCAAAGCGUCCUUUUCUGUUCCCUUGGCAACCGGAAGCGCCAGUCGGCACGCACACGCGGCGACAGAGCGACUGAAGAAGACGAGUCUUGGAUUUAAAAAAAAAAAAAAAAAAAAAAAGUUCGUGACCUUCAAGUCCAACUCCGAAGAAGAAGAAAAGUGACGGGUGAGUAAAAUGGAGCAUUCGGAUCAAAAAACAAAAAAAAAGUGGGGGGAAAGGGGAACAUUUGAGAGCGUGGCUUUCACCUGCGUGCGUGCGAGUGAAACUUUAGAUUGCGGCGCCAUUUCGAGCGCUUUGUAAGUGGACGCCCGAAACGUCAUGAUAUGCACAGCGUGUUCCGUCCGGUUUUGGACUUUGAACGUUCCGGUGGACGCGCAGCAGAGUCUGAGCCUCGGCACUGCAGGCCGGAGGCAAAGUCAAUGGCUAACUGCACGCUUUGCGCAAGUGCCAAAAGGCACACAUUUCAUAUCAAAAUGAUCCCAUUUGACAUGAUUCCAUUUGCCCGUACAGUAUAGUGAAUAUUACUACUACAAAGUGAAUAUUGAGUUUUUAAAAAGACAGUGUAUAAUAAAAAGCGAUGUUCUGUACACAAAAUAGUGAUACAAUUAUAUUUUUAAAAAAUUGUGACAUUCCCUGAUCUACCACCAUCCCGCCAUGAAGGAAAAUCUUAAUCAUUCAAAAAGUCAAUGAUCAUCUGUAGACCUUCCAUUCCUUACACAUAGGCGGAGUUUGGCUUUUGUGGGAGGGGGCAAAACCGAAACGCAGUGUCAACACUAAAAUGAACUUGACGCUGUUUGGUUGUUGCUGAAGAAAUCGGAGAUGGACAUCCCUCUUUCCUCCUCAGGUGUAGUUUUGGCUAAGCAAAGCAAAGGUGAAGGCACGAUCUGUUGGAAAAAUCCUUUUGAGCCAUUAAAUCCGUUGGAAGAUUCUCAUUCAUUUUUGUCUUAUUCAUAGGCGGAGUUUGACGUGGGGGGGUUCAAUAUGUUGAUGACUCCAAAACGCAGUGUCAGCAAUAAAAUUAACAUACAAGAAUAUUUAAAAGUUGACAAUAAGCGUUUUUUGUUUCCCAUCAUUUUUGAGGGCAAUUCUAAAUCAGGCUGCUCAGGCAAUACUUUUUGCCAAGAUCGUCAUGCAUUGAAUUUGGUACGCCCGCCAGUGUCGUGCCAAUGUAGUUACCCCAGUCAAAAACUGUAUCCCCUGGGCGGAGCCAUAUGGAGGUAGAUUUGGUCUUUAUUAUUCAAUCCCCAAAAAAAGUUGCUUCAGUCAAAAAAAAUGUGAAUGCAAAAAUAUGUUUUUCUUUGAUUAUUAUUAUUAUUAUUUUUGGAUUGAAGCAAUGUUUUGACUGGAGUAAUGUUGAUAUAUGUUUGGGCCACAAUUUGGCUUGGAAUUUUUUCUCUUUAUUAUUCAAUCCAAAAAUAAGUUGCUUCAAAAAUAUAGAUUUUCAAAUAGGAAAAUCACUUUUCACAAAAUUUUCAAUCAUAAAAAAAAAGUUUUUGAAAGCACAAAAUAUUUGAAAUUGAAAAAUUUGCAUUUGAACACUUAAUUUUUCGUUUGAAGCAAUCCUUUUUGUAUUUGGGCCAUGUUAUGAUUAGGACAUUUGUGUCUGAAUCAUUCAAUCCCCAAAAAGUGGCUUUAAUUUAAAAAAAAAUUUCAAUCAAAGAAAAUAAUCAUUUUUUAAAAAAAAAAUUUUUUUUCCUCUAAUGUAAAUAUUUUGUUUAAAUUAUAUCCAAAGCAAAUGACUGUCUAAGGUGCUCGAAAGAUUGUUUUGACCCAUUGUAAAAAUGCUUUUAUGUUCAUUUCAUUCAUUUUUGUUGCAGUUUUAUUGCUUUACAACUUGUAUACACAGGAAAGGCAAUGACACUUUUCGGCCAUGCCCCCCCUUUAAAAUCCACUUAAGGUCUUUGCUUUACAACCUAUAUAAACGGGCUAUUUGAACGGGAUAGGUCUUUAUUUUAAAGGGGGAGUUCAGAAUUUUUGACAUUAGAAUGACAAUUUUAGAUGAUGCCUUACAGCAAAAAUUUCUGAACUUCCCUUUUAAAUUCAUUUAUUGGAAAGUCUGGUACAUGCAGUGAUAUUUUUCUACCACCGGGGGGCAUCUAUGGCCGUCAAUAAUUCAUUCAUUCAUUCAUUUUCCAUGCCGCUUAUUCCUCACGAGGGUCGCGGAGGUGCUGGAGCCUAUCCCAGCUAACUUCGGGCAGUAGGCAGGGGACACCCUGAAUUGGUUGCCAGUAUAAUAGUUAUAAAUUUGACUUUGAAGCGCCUUCCAAAAUACUAUUUUGGAAGGCGCUUCAAACUAUGACUAUUAAUUUAAUAGUCACGGACACUACAAGAGAUACAAAUGAACGAGAAACUGGAAUUGGGCGGCUCUGGUAAUGUCAUUAAUACGGGAGCGGAUUGCAACGGCAGUUCAUUUCAAUUUCAAGGAUGCAUGUUGGCCCACUGACCAAUGGGGAAAAGCAUACUAGUCCUUACAUGUCAUCAUUGGAAAUUUCUCACUAAAAGCAUGCACCACGAUUGCAGUUCUGCUCUAUCCAACGUUGCUCUUCCAGCGGCUAAAAUGGAGUUAGCUGUCGUCGAUCUUUUCUUUCUCACUCCCAACAGGUCGGCGUGAGCGAUGGAGAAUCUUUGUCAGAGUCUGGCCCCCCUGUCCCCUUGUCCUUUCUCCCCGUCUUGCCACCCGGGCUCCCUAUCGCCCAUCUCCUUCCCCCCGUCCCCGUCCCUGUCCCGGUCGGCGCACGGCGAGUCGUCCCUUUCCCCGCCGUCGCAGCGAUACUCGGAGGCCGCGCGAGACCAGGACGACCUGACUUGCCUGAGCUGGCUGCACCAACGGGGCGACCUCCUGCCUCUGCGGCCGCUCCCCAAAGCGCCGCCGCCCCCCGGGGGCGGGACGGAGGUCGACCCCGGCUCGGCCAAGCCGCCGUACUCCUUCAGCAGCCUGAUCUUCAUGGCCAUCGAGGACUCGUCAGACAAGAGGCUGCCGGUGAAGGACAUCUACGGCUGGAUCGUGGACAAGUUCCCCUACUACCGGACGGCGGGCGCCGGGUGGAGGAACUCGGUCAGGCACAACCUGUCCUUGAGCAAGAGCUUCUGCCGCAUGGAGAGGGACAAAAGUCAGUCGGUGGGGAAAGGGUCCUUGUGGUGCGUCAGUCCAGAACAUCGAGCGUCCCUUUUGGAAGUUCUCCGCAAAACGCACGCUUAUCACAGCGCCAACAGCAGCCUGAUUAACAAGCCCGCCCUAUUGUCUCCCUCACACGUUGACGCUCUCGCCGCCCGCCCCGACGGCGGAUUUCCCGCCGACGCCGGAGCGGGAAGAUCCGGAGGGCCGGCCGGACCGAGACCCGCUCGCCGACGGCGGCUACAUCGAGCUGCGCUACUACCAGUCGCCCGAGUACCAGUACCUGGUUCUGCCGGACGACACCGAGCUGGACCUGGAGACGGUGGAGAUCCUGCAACUGGACGCCGAAGCGCAGGAGGCUGCCGGAUCGCUGCUGGACCUGGCCGGAAGCGCUCAUUAAAUAACUGGCCCCCCGCGUGGCUGCGUGACGUCCAAUCUGUUCAUUAGCUGCCUGCCUGCCCGCCCGCCACCGCAAACGGAUUGGACGUCUACGAGCGAUGGACUCAUUUCAAUUCAGAAGAGGACGAAAUCAUCGUCAUCAAUGGUGCCGAAAGAUGACUAUUUUGAUCGUCGCCGACCAAUUUGGAAUCACUGCCAGUUUCGCACUUCAAAAGAGUUGGAUGUCAAUAGUGACAAACUCCCUCAUAGCGGAAGGACGAUUGGAUGUCUAUCAUCGUCAAUAGCACUCAGACCUUGGCGCACGCCCAAAUUUACAUGUACAUCAAAAAGCAUUGGGGAAAUACAAGUACGUAUACAUGGAAAAAAUUUUUUUUUAUACAUGCUACAUUGGUUAACACAUUGUUAUUAAUUAAAUUGAAAAUACUAUCUUAAAAAAUGGGGAAAUCCCCCAAAUAUUUAAUUAAAAAAAAAAUUUUUUUUUUAGAAAACAAAAAUAUUUUUGGGGGGGGGGGGGAAUAUGAAAGAUAAUUAUUUUUCCUAUAAUUUUUUUUCCAUUGACAAAAAUUUUUUAUUUUAAUAUAAGGGUUCAUUUUCUAUUUUUAUGAUUUGAUCUUAAAAUCUUGUUUUAUUUUGGUAUUUUCUCAUUGUUUUUUCAAUUGGAUUUUAAUUUUUCAUAAAGAUUGGAUGUCCUUUGUCCAAUGCUUUAUGUAUACAGAAUUUGGUAAACGUGUGGAUUGUCGGCUCACGUUCCAAAGUCCGUUUGCUUGAAGCAAUAGUCCUUGGAGAGACAAGACCACAUCACUAGCGAGCAGUGUUGUUUUCCAUAACGAAAAUAUUUGGUCGACGAACCAUGUUUCCGUGACGGGCCGGCUCGGGAGACUUUCGCGUAAUGAGAAGAAUGCAGGUUUUUGUCUGACGAGAUGAAAACGCGACAUCGUUUCUGUCACGCGAUCACAACGCGCCACAUUUCCAUACUGUGCGCGGAGUACGUCCGCUUGCGGUGUUGGGGUCGAGUGAGAUGCGUCGCGCCCUCACUGGAAUUUAGGAUGUAUCUGAAGCUAGGCUGCGCUCCAUCUCGCUGGUUUGGAAACGCGCUCAAAUUUGCUUUCAGAUCUUGGCAAGAGAGAACAUGCGGUGUCGCUUGAAAGGUCUGUGCUGAGCGAGCAUCAGACGCUAAAUGUAACUCCUAGCGUUAGCAUUUGCCGCAGAAAGGUGAGCGUCCUCUUAAAACACUGGCCAGUCUAAAGUAGAGCCCCUCACCUUUUCUGCUCAGUAAGGGUAGAGGAUGUUAAACACUCGGACAACUUCCCCCCACCCCCUCCAUAUAGUUUGUGGCUUCUAGGUAGGUUUUCUUCAAAAUAAUGUACUGCUUUUCCGGCCGAGUAUUGUCAUCACAAAGUCGGCGUUGUCCUUAUCGAUGCUACAAUAUGUGCUCAUCUCAUUGGAAAUUGUUGGAUUUAUUUUUGGGCAAAAACCCUUGUGAAUUUUACAGACGAAAACUUUUGGAGUAACUGUCGCCUAAAAGUACUGUCGAUGAAAUUUGAAUGAGAUUUUGAAAAAACAAAGUAUUUUCGUGCAAGGACUAAGAGGAAAAAGUCAAAGGGCUGCUAAAAACAACACUGCUAGUGAGACAUGCGGGCUAACAUUUGACCUCACGUACAAUACGUUGAAUUUGCAUUUUGCGUUGAUACGUGACUGAAAAUAGGCCAGAAAAAUGGCAUUGGUGAAAAUGAUUCUUUGGCCUGCAGGAGGAUCCUUUUUCUUAAAUGAACACCUUCAUUAAACAGAUCAUUGUGACUACUGACGCGAUCGCCUUCCUUUAUUAGUGGGUCAUUAUCACCUUGAUGUCUAACAAAUCUACACCAAGCAAAUUGUCAAAACAGUAUUUGUGCAACCAAAAAUACAAAUCCAGAAAAUUCAAAAAAAAAAGACGUGCUUUUUGAUGCGUUCAAUGUAAAUCCAGCCAUUUGGGACAAAUCGAGCAAAGGCAUUGGGCGAAAAGUUUACUAUAUUAAUGCGCAUCAUUUUUUAUUUGAUAUAAAAAAGUGAUUUAUUGAUCUUUAGUUUUUAAUGAAUGCAUUUUUCAUUUUUUUUUUGGUUUACAUUUUGAGCCCCCCCCCCCCAAGAAACAUGAUUACAUGUCGAAUCCAGUGGACUCCAUGUGCCUGAACCCUCAAACAUUGUGAAUUUGCUGCAAAAAUGGAUUUUUAUUGUAAAUCUAGAAACUCUUGUUUCUAUAAUGCUUUGAUGAAGAUUUCCACCGUUUGGGGGAAAUAUCAAUACUAGGUUGGCCUGAAGAAGAAACGAAAUGAAACUUGUGGUUGUGACUCGUACACCUAAGCGUCAAUGUUGCCGCUCGUCAUCAUCGCUGGAUUUCCAGGGCUAUGGUGUAAACUGCCUUAUUCUCUCAAACCUAAAAAAUAAGACUGUA